AUGUAUCCCCUUUCCCUGGAUGCAACUCUGAGCUGGAUGCUGGAUGCAACGCUGAGCUGGAUGCUGGAUGCAACGCUGAGCUGGAUGCUGGAUGCAACGCUGAGCUGGAUGCUGGAUGCAACGCUGAGCUGGAUGCUGGAUCUGGAUGCUGGAUGUAUCUCUGAGCUGGAUGCUGGGUGUAUCUCUGAGCUGGAUGCUGAAUGUAUCUCUGAGCUGGAUGCUGGAUGUAACUCUGAGCUGGAUGCUGAAUGUAUCUCUGAGCUGGAUGCUGGAUGUAUCUCUGAGCUGGAUGAUGGAUGUAACUCUGAGCUGGAUGCUGAAUAUAUCUCUGAGCUGGAUGCUGGAUGUAUCUCUGAGCUGGAUGCUGAAUGUAUCUCUGAGCUGGAUGCUGGAUGUAACUCUGAGCUGGAUGCUGAAUGUAUCUCUGAGCUGGAUGCUGGAUGUAUCUCUGAGCUGGAUGCUGGAUGUAUCUCUGAGCUGGAUGCUGGAUGUAUCUCUGAGCUGGAUGCUGAAUGUAUCUCUGAGCUGGAUGCUGGAUGUAACUCUGAGCUGGAUGCUGAAUGUAUCUCUGAGCUGGAUGCUGGAUGUAUCUCUGAGCUGGAUACUGGAUGUAUCUCUGAGCUGGAUGCUGGCUGUAUCUCUGAGCUGGAUGCUGGCUGUAUCUCUGAGCUGGAUGCUGAAUGUAUCUCUGAGCUGGAUGCUGAAUGUAUCUCUGAGCUGGAUGCUGAAUGUAUCUCUGAGCUGGAUGCUGGAUGUAUCUCUGAGCUGGAUGCUGGAUGUAACUCUGAGCUGGAUGCUGAAUGUAUCUCUGAGCUGGAUGCUGAAUGUAUCUCUGAGCUGGAUGCUGGAUGUAACUCUGAGCUGGAUGAUGGAUGUCCAUUUUGGAGCAAGGGCUCGGGAGCCAAGAGCUCUGUGUUCCCUAGUACGCUACUCUACUCACACACACUAGCCAGAGAGAUGAGCAUCCUCUCCCUAAAGGCCAGGGUCCUGGCCAUCAUCUCCAUCCUCUUUAUCGUGCUGUCAACUAUUGCCUUGUCUCUGAACACCCUCCCGGAGCUGCAGGACAUAGACGAGUUUGGCCAGGUGACAGACAACCCUCAGCUGGCUCACGUGGAGGCGGUGUGCAUCGCCUGGUUCACAAUGGAGUAUUUGCUCCGCUUCAUCUCCUCGCCAAGCAAGUGGAAGUUCUUCAAGGGUCCGCUGAACAUCAUUGACCUGCUGGCCAUCCUGCCCUACUACGUCACCAUCUUCCUGACUGAGUCCAAUAAGAGUGUUCUACAGUUCCAGAACGUCCGGAGGGUGGUGCAGAUCUUCCGAAUAAUGCGUAUUCUGCGUAUUCUGAAGCUAGCCAGGCAUUCCACAGGGCUCCAGUCUCUGGGCUUCACCCUGAGGAGGAGUUACAAUGAGCUGGGCCUGCUCAUCCUCUUCUUGGCCAUGGGCAUCAUGAUCUUCUCCAGUCUCGUCUUCUUCGCUGAGAAGGACGAAGAGGACACUAAGUUUAAAAGCAUCCCUGCCUCCUUCUGGUGGGCCACCAUUACUAUGACUACGGUGGGGUAUGGCGACAUAUACCCAAAGACUUUAUUGGGCAAGAUUAUUGGGGGUCUGUGCUGCAUAGCUGGAGUGUUGGUGAUAGCCUUGCCCAUCCCUAUCAUCGUCAACAACUUCUCAGAGUUCUACAAGGAGCAGAAGAGGCAGGAAAAGGCCAUCAAGAGGCGGGAGGCCCUGGAGAAAGCCAAGAGAAACGGCAGCAUCGUUUCCAUGAACAUGAAGGAGGCGUUCGCACGCAGCGUCGAGCUCAUGGACGUAGUGGUAGAAAAUAAUGGAGAGAACAUGGGGAAGUUGCAGGGCAACCACCUGUCUCCCAGCUACAGGAAAGGGACUCCCAAGCGGACUACCUCAGAGACGGGUUCCGCCAAGUCUCUGGAGCCCAGCUCACCAGACAAAGCCCUUCCUGGAAGCCCACAGCACCUCAACGCUCAGAAACUGGAGGAGAUGUACAACAAGAUGGCCAAGACCCAAUCUCAACCUAACCUUAACAACAAGGACAAGGCACCUUUAUCUAAAGCAGCCAAGAAGAGAGAUGAGAUAGAGAUGGGAAGCAUCCCCAUGGAGCCUGCCCCAACCACAGACAUGAGGAGCAUGUCCAGUAUUGACAGCUUCAUGAGCUGCGCUGCCGACUUCACCGAAAGCGCCCGCUUCUCCCACAGCCCCAGCACCAGUGUACCAGGGAGGGUUAGCGCCAACCCCGUGCUUGAGAUCACCCUGGAGGAUGAGGCCAUGGACGGCCCUCACACUGCUAGCAAGCUCCCUGGAGGACGAGGCUCCAAGUGCGGCCUCCCUGACAGCCCCCGUGGCCUGCGCUUCAGUAACCCUCUCAAGAACCGCUCACUCAAGGUCAACUUCAAAGGUGGCGGCGCGGGCCCCUCCUUCUCCUUCUCAGCACAGGGUCCAGGGGGUGGGGCCCUCUCAGAUAGCUCCGCCCUCUCUGACCACUCCUUCAUGAGUCCUGAGGUGUCUGUCUACACCACCGCCAGCAGCAGGACCCCACCCCAUGAGACCCUGAUCCCCACAGUCUUCACAUUCCACGACGCUUCCAUUAGUAAGUUCAUUGACGCUGACACAGACGAGGAGGAGCACCUCCAUGAUGGCUUAGGCACCAACCCCUCCCAGAGGCUCCUGGGAAAAGCCAGCCCCAAGCUCAGCUCCCAUAGCAGCCACCACAUUGCAGCCAACCACCUGGAGGGCUCCCAGAGGAUGCUGGCUAAUAGUGUGUUCCCCUUGGAGGGCAGGCCAGGGGGGGGACAGGAGAACCAUGUGCUCUCCCGGGGAGAGAGCAGUUGUUCAAACACCAAUAAUGGGAGCAAGUGA